AUGGCUAUAAAUGCAGAAGAGGAGGUUCUGAUUAGCCAGAUGUUUGAAGCCUAUAUCACAGAGUAUCAUCAUGGUGACAUUAUCAAGCUCAUUGCAGCCUACAGUGAUGACAGUCACCAACCUGUUGUUAUCAAUGCGAUGACAUUGUUCGAAGCCAAUAUGGAGAUUGGCGAUUAUUUUAAUGCCUAUCCCAGUGACGUCCUGACAAUAUUUGACAAAGUUUUGCAAAAAACAGCCCGAGAGUUGUCAAAAAAUGCUACUGUUAAGCAUUUGGAUGGACUACGCCCAACAGAGCAAAGAGUGAAAAACACCCUACAUGCACGUAUCACAGGACUACCAGUCUGUCCAGAACUCACCAGGGACACAAUUCCCCGGUCUAGAGAUGUUGGGCAUUUCUUGUCUGUCACUGGGACCGUCAUACGCACCAGUAUUGCCAAGGUCCUUGAAUACGGGCGUGAUUACAUGUGCGCCAAGUGUCGUCACAUUUUCAUGCUGCAGGCAGACUUUGAGCAGUUCUAUUCCUUUGUCCCACCGGUGGUCUGUCCCAAUCCUGAUGGCUGUAAUUCAUGUAAAUUCAGCUGUCUGUCUGGUGGAUCUGAGCCUGCUGCCUGUCGGGAUUACCAGGAGAUCAAAAUACAAGAGCAAGUGCAGAGGUUGUCAAUUGGCAGUAUUCCUCGUUCUAUGGUUGUGGUCCUGGAGGAUGACCUUGUAGACACUUGUAAGUCAGGAGAUGACGUGACUGUUUAUGGAGUGAUGUGCCAACGUUGGAAACCCUUUUAUGAUGGGUCUCGUUGUGAUGUUGAGCUUGUCCUCAAAGCCAACAACAUAGAAGUUAACAAUCAACAGGGUGCUGCCUCUUUACUGACCGAAGAUGUUCAAAAGGAAUUUGAAGAAUUCUGGGAACACUACAAAUAUGAUCCAAUAGCUGGCAGAAACCAGAUCUUGUUGAGUCUUUGCCCUCAAGUUUAUGGCAUGUAUGUAAUUAAACUGGCUGUUGCAAUGGUGUUAGCUGGAGGGGUGCAGAGAAUAGAUUCUUCUGGAACUAGGACCAGAGGUGAAUGUCAUAUGCUGCUUGUUGGAGACCCAGGCACAGGCAAGUCUCAGUUUUUGAAGUAUGCAGCCAAGAUGAUGCCUCGUUCUGUGCUCACAGCUGGAAUCGGUUCAACAAGCGCAGGACUUACGGUCGCAGCAGUGAAGGAUGGAGGUGAUUGGCAUCUGGAAGCAGGCGCCCUGGUACUGUCAGAUGGCGGUUUAUGCUGUAUUGAUGAAUUCAACAGCAUCAAGGAACAUGACCGCAUCAGUAUUCAUGAAGCUAUGGAGCAACAGUCCAUUAGUGUGGCCAAGGCUGGUAUGGUCUGUAAGUUGAAUACUCGUACCACCAUUCUGGCAGCUACCAAUCCAAAAGGCCAGUAUGACCCAAAUGAAUCACUGUCUGUCAACAUAGCACUGGGUAGCCCUUUACUAAGUCGAUUUGACUUGGUUCUGGUUCUGCUGGACAACAGAAAUACAGACUGGGAUCGCAUCAUCUCGUCCUUCAUUUUGGAAGAAAGAGGAUUGCCCUCUGAGAGUGCCACUCUCUGGCCCAUGGAGAAAAUGAAGGCAUAUUUCUGUGUAAUAAAGCGUUUGCAGCCGCAGGUUUCAGCAGAGGCUAAUUCCAUCUUAUCCCGGUACUAUCAGCUGCAAAGGCGAAGUGAAGGCCGCAAUGCAGCACGCACAACCAUCCGGAUGCUGGAAAGUCUGGGCAGACUGGCUGAAGCCCAUGCUAGACUCAUGUACAGAGAGACCGUCACAAUAGAGGAUGCUGUAAUGGCUGUCUCUGUAAUGGAGUGCUCUAUGCAGGGUGGUGGUUUACUUGGAAGUGUGAAUGCAGUGCUGACUUCAUUUCCUGAUGAGCCUGGUCAGCAGUAUCAGACACAGUGUCAGGUACUGUUAGAAGGCCUGAACCUGCCCGUCUUACUCCAGAAGGAGAUGGACAGACUGGCGAGGUAG